AUGACUUCAUGAUUAUUCAUGAUUAUUAUUAUUAUUAAUUGUUUUUUUAAUAUUUCUCUCGAAUAUAUAAAUCUGAGUUCCUUCACAGAAUCGCGUUUGACAUAAUAUCAUUUGGUUUAGAUGCAAAAUCAAUGGGGCGUUCGGAAGAUGCAGAUUAUCAGACACCAUUGGUGCAUACUCAAGUCUCGGAGUCUUCUCUUAUCAGAACUGGGAAUGUAUGGACAGCAGUAGCACAUAUCAUAACAGGGGUGAUAGGAUCAGGGGUAUUAUCCCUAGCAUGGAGUAUGGCUCAGUUAGGUUGGAUUGCUGGUCCUUUGGCUAUGAUUUUAUUUGCCCUCGUAACCCUCAUGUCAGCAUUCCUUCUCUGCAACUGCUAUCUUACUCCGGACCCUGAAUAUGGACCUCACCGGAACAUCUCCUACCUCGAAGCUGUUCGCAAUUAUUUAGGGGAAAAGAAUGCCUUGGUGUGUAGCCUAUUUCUACAAGUGGGUCUGUUUGGGAUUGGUAUUGCAUAUACUGUCACAUCUGCUAUCAGCAUAAGAGCAAUUCUGAGUUCGAAGUGUUUCCACGUAGAAGGAAUUCUAGCCAACUGUGCAUAUGGAGAUGCUUCUUAUAUGCUAUUAUUUGGAGUUGUUCAAAUCUUAUUGUCACAACUACCUGAUAUGCAUAAUAUAAAAUGGCUAUCAGUUCUUGCUGCAAUCAUGUCUUUCACCUAUUCUUUCAUUGGUCUUGGACUUGGCAUUGCUAAAGUCAUAGGAGAUGGUUAUAUUAAGGGGAGUGCUACAGGUAUCUCAGCUUCUAGCACAGCUGAAAAAGUAUGGUCGAUAUCUCAAGCUAUAGGAGACAUUGCAUUCGCUUAUCCGUACUCCUUAAUUCUCAUUGAAAUACAGGAUACAUUGAAGUCGCCUCCAUCAGAAAACCAGACUAUGAAAAAGGCCUCGACCAUAUCAAUUGUUGCCACAACCAUCCUCUUCCUCGGCUGUGGAUGUUUUGGAUAUGCAGCCUUUGGCGAUGACACACCAGGGAAUCUCUUAACAGGAUUUGAAACUUACGGACCCCGUUGGCUUAUCCACUUGGCUAAUGCCUGUAUUGUGAUUCAUCUGGUUGGAGCUUAUCAGAUAUUCAGUCAGCCGCUCUUUGGAAAUGUUGAAAAAUGGUUCAUGAAGGAGUUCCCACACAACAGAUUUACAAAGGACGAUUACACGGUUAGACUUCCAUUGUUGCCUGCUUUCACACUACAUCCUCUCAGGCUGUGUUUCCGGACAACUUAUGUUGUCUUAACAACUGGAAUUGCAAUCAUAUUCCCUUACUUCAACCAGAUAUUGGGAGUGAUAGGAGGCAUGAACUUUUGGCCCUUGACCAUAUAUUUUCCAGUGGAGAUGUACUUGACGCAGAUGAAUAUUGAAGCCUGGACAGCAAAGUGGUUAAUGCUUCGAAUUUUCAGCAUUGUUUGCUUUUUUGUCAGAGUGUUUGCCUUGAUUGGGUCAUUCCAAGGACUAAUAACUGCAAAACUAAGCUAAGAGGCUACAGAAAUCUCCUUCAGAUGGGAUCAGGAACUCAUCUGAAGAAGAUACUAUGGCGAAUGAUCCUGGCCUAAACAAAACAAAUGUUACCUUGUCUAUAUUAUUAUCAGUAUUGUUGUUUCAGAUAAUCAAAAUGAACUAAUUGGUUCUGCUUGAUAUUAUUUUAAUGUGCAGAAACAUGAAAAUAACCAGCAAUGACCUGUAAGUUGUAAUUCUAAUUUCAUGUCAUUCGAAUAGGAAAAUGGAAUAUCAGCUGCUAGGAAACCAUCUUUGGAGAUAAAAA